UGCUUUAUUUGUUCGUCUCGCGCCCGCCCGAGGCCCGCCUCCCCACUUCCCGUCGGCUGCCGUCGCUCGACCUCAUCGUCGGAUCCCCCACGCCGAUCUUCCGGCCAACCGCGAUCCGGCACGUGUGCGCCGCCGCUUCCGUCUCCGUCGUCUUCUGGUGUUGCCGCCAUGGCCGAGCUGGCCCAGUCCGGAAUGUGCUCGCCGUGGUACGCCGCCGCUGCGGCGAACACGACGACCAAGAGCGUCCAGGCAUGGCGGGCUCUGGUGAACUGGGUGGCGAUCCUGUUCCGUCUCCUGCUCCAGAUCCCGCGGGGAACCCCCUCGUGGGCACAGAUUCUCUCCUUCGUCGGCCUCCGCCACACCCUCCUCUUCUCCCCCUCCACCGCCUCCCCGGCUUACAAACCGCUCGCCAUAGAUCCCCCGAUCGAUGGCCCGACUCCCGACACCGCCCCGGCGCCGGAGCCUCUCGGUAAGCUCACGGUUGUGCUUGACUUGGAUGAGACUUUAGUUUGUGCAUACGAGACAUCCAGCCUUCCAUCUACAGUUCAUUCGCAGGCUAUUGAAGCAGGUGUAAAGUGCUUUGACCUGGAAUGUGUAUCUUCAGAAAAUGAUGCUGAUGGAAGACAAAAGGCGAAUCAUGUCACUGUUUUUGAACGUCCUGGUUUGCGGGAAUUCCUAAAACAGAGCAGUGAAUUUGCAGACCUUGUUCUUUUCACUGCUGGUCUUGAAGGUUAUGCUAGUCCAGUUAUUGAUAGGAUAGAUGUUGACAAUAAAUUAAUUCAUCGUCUAUACAGGCCUGCAACUGUGAGCACGGAAUAUCGGGAACAUGUCAAAGAUCUUUCUUGUGUAUCAAAAGAUCUCUCCCGCACCGUCAUUGUUGACAACAAUCCAUAUAGUUUCUUGCUGCAACCAUUAAAUGGAAUACCAUGCAUGCCAUUCUUUGCUGCACAGCCUUGCGACGAGCAGCUGAUGGGAGUCAUUCUUCCACUUCUAAAGCACCUCUCUCUCCAGAAGGAUGUCAGGUCGGUCCUCUAUGAGAAGUUUCACAUGCCUGAAUGGUUUGAACAGCAAGGAAUCCCCACUGUAAAAUCUACUCCCUGAGAUAUGCUUACAAUCUCUUUUUAUCAGAGACUCUCGGUAAUUUAGAUAUUGCAAAUCUACUAAUAAAAUGUGGAUAUGGUGCGAUGAAUCAGCAUUAGAAAUUGAUUCUCGGAUAAGAUUAAUCUGCUUAGGAAAUUGUUUAUUAAUA